GCUCCUUCCUUCCCCAGUUACCCACCCGCAACAUCCCAUCCCGCAUCGCACCUUCCGCCCUCUUCCUCCUCCCCUCCAUGUUUUUGCUCCUUCCUCUUGCCCCAGAAUCCCCCGAUCAUCAAACCUCAAUUAUUGCACCUUCCUCGUUCCUGGUUUUGGAAAACCCACUCAACUCCUCAACUCCUCAAUUUCUCCUCCACGAAACCAUUUUUUUCUUCCUCUACUCCAGUCACGCCUUUCCGCUGCUCCUUAUCCCAGACCCCAUAAACUAGUAAACUUUGUGGCGUACACUACUUCCCUCGCAAGUCAGAAGUCCACUCGCCCUGACCAUUAUUACUCCCGCCAACCCCAGACGAUCCCAUAUCACCGUCUCGAGCUCCAGAUCCAUUUCAGUCAUAAUCAAUUGGCUUUUCCCCCAACUUCUUUAUUCAAGCUCCUUUUUGAUCUCUUCAUCCCACCGCUAGGAGUCUUCGUCGCAAAGUCACCACACUUAUCUCGAACCAAGGCUCAGCUUCGCCUACUCCACCUCUGGCAUAGCCAUCUCAUGCCUCUGCUAUAAUCGACUUCAUCUACUCACAACCCUUUGACUCGCGCAAUCAUGCCGGGGAUAUUACCCAUGAAGAUGAUUCGCGUGGGAAGCAGCGCCGCCAGUCGCAUCGCUCAAGCCUGCGAUCGAUGUCGUAGCAAGAAAAUCCGCUGCGAUGGUAUCCGCCCAACCUGUACCCAGUGCGCCAAUGUCGGCUUCGAAUGCAAAACGAGCGACAAGUUGAGCCGACGAGCAUUCCCCAGAGGCUACACAGAGUCCCUGGAAGACCGAGUACGCGGCCUCGAGGCUGAAGUCAAAGAACUGAAGGAUCUGUUGGACGAAAAGGACGAAAAGAUUGACAUGCUCUCUCGCAUCCACAGCUUCUCCCCUCCCUCGAGGAAAUGCUCAGCUUCGCUAUCUCCCUCACAUGCCGCUGAGGUCAAGGCAGAAGUAGAUUCAAUUCGAGAAGAAACCCUCCAUGUCGAAAUUCCCAUCCCCGUGUCACCAAAGGCCACCUCAACGGGUACCUCCACCGUCCCCUCUUUCAUCGAGGCAUUCGAACAAAAAAUCCAAGAUACCGGUGGCGACGUCACAGUCAUCUCUUCCACCCCCUUAUUGAAGGCCAUCCAAUGCACUCGCUCUACCGUCAAUGCAAAGUUCCCUCCCAGAAUUUUGUCGGACCAGUAUAUCAAUCUCUUCUUCCAAGAAUGGCAGCCUCUGUUGCCCAUUCUGCAUCGCCCAACUUUCCUCAGAGUCUAUGAACAAUAUGUGACCAACCCCGAGACCGGUAAUUGGCAGAACAACAAGCAGUCGCUGGCUCAGUUGUUCCUCAUCUUUGAAAUUGCUGCUCUUUCCUCCAUGUCGACAUCCAAGAAGGCCACCCCAUCUUAUGAGCAUCAUUGGCGCAAAGCCCUCUACUCGACCUCUUCCACUGCCUGCUUGUCAACUCUACAAUGCCACCUCCUCGCCCAGGUGUGCUACCUGUUGCGAGCAGAUCACACCCAUCUCACUCGCCAUCGCAGCAUUGCCGUCUCCAUGUGCCACGAACUGGGCUUACACCAGGACCACAAAUAUCACAACUUGUCCCCAUUGGAAGCAGAGACCAAGAAGAAAGUUUUCUGGGCUCAAUAUGUCCUCGACAAGUUCGCUUCGGCCACUACCGGAACACCCAUGCUCCUUCGUGAUAGUGACAUCACCACCGAAUACCCUGCAGACGUGGAUGAUGAGAAUCUGAGCUCGCAAGGAUUUUCGCCCACUCUUCCCGGCGAAUUGACCAAGAUUUCUAGCGCUCUUGCCCUUUUCCGUGUCACAAGGGUCCUCGCAAAGGUCUUGGAGCACCUGUACCCUGCUAAAGCGAGCUACCAACUCUCUGUCACCAAGUUGCAUGCUCUGUCGGACGAACUGGAUCAAUGGUCGGAGGAGCUUCCAGAACAUCUGCGUCUCCGCUUCUGCAAUGAUAAGCCAGCUACCCAUCUGAUUAGUUGUCGCUCUCCUCUACUGUCUCUUGCCUAUUUUUACACAAGAAGCCUCAUCCAUCGGCCAUUGCUGUGUCAUAGCUCGGGCAGCGCUGCAUCUGCCGCCAGUAUUGUCCUUGCCGCUGCUGGGAAACACCUUUCCCAGAUUCUUGAUCUCUUGAUCGAGCGUCGCAUGAACUACACCUUCCCAUUGAACAAGACCGAUCUUAUUUUGGAUGCCACAUUUUCAAUCAUGUGGCAGUCGCUCGACCUAGAAGAUGACAGCAAACUGGUCAAGGACAACUCAAAAUCUGUCAUGCUGUUGCUUUCCAUUCUCGGCACCGAGAAUCCUCCCGCGGCAACGGAACUGAGGAAGAUCGCCGGCAAGUUUGUCGCCAUGGACGCACAAGCACAGUCAUCCUCCAACGAGUCCUCGGCGUUUAACUCUCCCUCGAGCGCAAACUCAAGUAUGGCAGCUCCGGUGACCACCCCAGCGGACGCCAAGUCCAAAUCCACCCGCAAGCAAAUUCAAGCGAUUGCGUCUCGAUGGUCGUCGUUCAGCAACAAGGGCAAACCCGAAGACGGUCAGAAACGUUCUAGUGUCCCCCAGAUAAGUCCACCAAUGUCUGUGCAGAAUGGUGGCUCUGUUGAGCGUGCUGGCAGCAUCGUCAGCGUUUCAUCCGCACGAUCCGCUCCCAUUCUUCCCAAGCAACCCACUGUGGCUGUUGGCCUGCCACCCCAGACGAUAGACCCACCGGCAAUCAACCUCGACUAUCUUCCCUUGACCGAUUUCAUGCAUUCGCCAUCAAGAACGUCAUCAAGCACGAUGCUGCCUCCCCGGAAAGAGCUAACGCCCACCAUUGCCGACCCCAGCUGGGAGCAGUUGCUAGGUAAUUUCGAUGGUUCGCAAGCUGCUCUGUACGCCGAGCUGCCGGAUAACGGACAAGCUCUUUAUCCAAGCGUCAGUAACGAUUGGGCUCCUGAUGCCUGGCACCUCGGACCCGAGGCCUUUUGCUCGAAAGCCAACGUUCCUCAAAGCCUUCUGAGCUUUUCAGAGGAGUCGUUGACCAGCGGCGACGAUUUCCUCUUCUCGGCGCCUCCUAGCAACAAUGGUUCUACAGCGACAGAACAAAUAGACCUUGGCGACCGUUAUCGUGGCAUUACAAUGCCCGUGGACGACGACUUUGAUUUACACGGACUGCAGGCUUGAGACCUGAGACGAGACGGACGGAAAGGCCCGUAUUUGGUGAUUACGGACUACAAAUUGUAUAAUCGAUUACCGUGUUUGGAGAUGAUUUUUUGACGAAAGGAGAUACCCAAAAUGAAGGAGGCGAACUGUGAUGAAAAUUACGGAUAGUUUGACUACGUUUGGAUUUGCCACUUAUGGCUGUACGCAGACAAAGAGGUUGGAAGAGAAUGGUGCAUUCUGUGAGGGUUUGGUGCCAAUUCCAUUGGUCCAGCGAACUUCAGAUGAUGUGACAGUGUGGAACGCCCAUUGCCUAUGUAUGAUUCAGAACCAGUAUGUAUAUGAACAUGCUCCUUGCCAAAACAAAAC